CUUUUUGCGGAUGGAAAUGGAAAGACGCUGAAGCAAAGAUAUUGUUCUUAGCCGACCCACAAAUCGAAGGUGAUGCGAAAAUACUCAGACAAGGAAAAAGAGGUGAAAUUGACUUAUUGGCCAAUGACAUUUAUCUUCGACAUGUAUAUACAUCUUUCGUAUCACCUUAUUCCUUAUUUACUUAUAAACCCACACAUACCAUUGUCCUUGGUGAUUUGUUCUCUAGUCAAUGGAUUAGAGACAGUGAAUUUAAUAAACGUGUAGAAAGAUAUAAAUGGAUAUUUGGUGAUCCAAACGAAGAAUACAAUCAUAAAUUCAUUAAUUUAACAGGAAAUCAUGAUAUAGGAUAUAAUUGGGAUAUUAAUCAAUAUAGAGUGAAUAGAUGGAAAAGAGAAUUUGGACAUAUGAAUUUCAAGGAUUGGAUUCCUUCUUCAUUUGAGAAAAAAAAGCAUAGAAUGUCUGUAAUAAAUUCCAUGAAUGUAGAUGGACCUGCAUUGGAUGAAAACUUACGUUCUGAAACAUGGUCUUUAUUAAAUGAUUUAACAAAUGAAAGAGAACAAGAUAAUCAUCAAAACCCUUUAAUUUUCCUUACACAUAUACCUUUAUAUAAAAAAGACGGAAUCUGUGUAGAUGGACCAAUGAUAAAAUAUGAUCAAACCGGAAAAUUUAUAAAAGAACAAAAUCAUCUUACACUAAACUCAUCAGAAUUUAUACUAACUAAAUUAAGACCUAAAUUUAUUUUUGCGGGACAUGAUCAUGAAGGAUGUGAUGUAACUCAUAUA